UGUUUCGGGGUCGCUCCUAGGCUCAUCGACUCUCGUAGAAGAGCAGGGCAUGUUGGUUGUACCCGCUCCCUUAGCUAUAUCUGAAGGUGUAGCAGAGGAUAUCACUCCCACCCCGUCUGGUAAGGAAAUAGAAGGUGUAGGUGGCGAAGGAGAGCAUGAUGACUCAAGUGAGCGUGCUCUCGCCUCUCUUGCCAUUCUCCCGGUGCUGAUCCUCUGUAAGGAGGACUUUCCACCCAGGGCUCCCGACUGGACAAUCGAGGAGGCAGGGGAAGAAGAGGAUGAAGAGGGUAAAGGAGAGGACACUUGGCCCUACGAAGAGUUGUCAGGCCAAGAAGAGGGGGAGUCGUCUCGUGAAAAGGUGUCGGCCCAACAGGGAGAGGCCCGAAACCAAGAGGAGACGUCUGCUCAACUGGUCCUCUCUUCGUCAUCUCCUACUUCGGCGACUGUUAAGGUUGUUACCAAUCCUACGGUCAAGGCCUCGGUAGUGUUGGCUGCGUCCUUAGCCUUAGACGUACCUACCAUCACUCCCGCAGUCCUGGCUGCUCACGCCCCGUCUGUAGUGUUGUCAUCGGCAUCGGCCCCUAGUGAGUCUACUCUCUCUCCAACGGCCCACUUCCGUAAGAGAGCCACGGAACGGGGUAUUACUAAUUUCCAAGAGGCGCUCGGAGAUAGUAUACGGUUUGCCUUGGAGGACAGCUGCCCUUUCAAGGAGUGCAAAUCGACCAUCGAGUAUCAGAUGGGUUUCCUAAUCAAGGAGCUUGGCAUGUCCGGUUCUGCUCUGUAUUUUAGGCGCAUGGAGUGGGUCGAGUCUGCAAUUAAGAGACUGCUCGCCCUCCGUGCGAAAGGUUCCAAUAUCACCAUUCUUGCGAUUGGUGAGGCUCAAGCAGCCGUGAAUGAGUGAGAGCGUCGAUUGAGGGAGAAGUCAUCGUUGGAUGCGCAGUUGAAGGAGGAGAACGAACGUGUCGUGGCCAAGGACGAGUUUCUGGGCACAGAGUAUCAUAAGGCUAGCUCCAGCAUAUCUACUCUGUCGACCGAGAUAGCUACGGUUCAACAAACCAUCGCUGAAGCGUAGGCUCUAUUAGCUACUAAGGAGCAGGAGCACGAGCGGUUGAGGGAACAGUUGAUAGAGCUCCAGUCCCAAUGAGAGCUAGUUACCGACCUGUUUGAGGAGAAGGAUAGGGCUCUCAAGGUGGUGAGGACCGAGGUUCAGGACUUACUCUCACUCUCUGAGGAGGGCAUUCGACAAGAAGCCCGAAUCAAGGUUAAGAGGAAGCAUGCUCAGGAUGUCCGAGAGGCGGAGUCCUAACUGAGAGAUUUGUAAUUUCGUUCGA